AUGGUAUAUAUUGUGAAGGGUACCAUUGAUCAUGGAAUCCUUCUAGAUAGUCUGGUGGCUGAUGCCCAAGCGGCUAUCGUCGGCCGUUGGUUGGCUGGCAACGUGAUCGACCCCAUCGGCUCCGCCACCGCUCCCGCGGUCAACGGCUUUGUGCUACUGAGAUCCUUGUCGGGGUUCGCAUUGUUCGGCCAGAUUCACGCCAAGAUCAAGCAGCCCAUCAAUCUGUGA